AUGGCUUCCAACCCCUUAAGGCCCCGUAGCCAAGCCUCACCCUCGCCUGCUCCCCCCUCCUCCUCCGCCUCCGCCUCGUCAUCAUCAUCUCCACACCGCCACCUGUCCCUCUCGCCUUCAACGCCUGUUGUAAUCAGUCGAAAUAAGACGCCAAAAUGUUUAAAAAUGAAGCCCUUAGAGUUCAUACUUCAAUCCAAGUCGAUGUUCCUCUCUCCUGGUCCCAGCAGAGCAGUCACACAGCCUCAUCAACGAGUGCGUCUUUCUUUCAGUCAUUACGCUUCCUCUCCUGUUUCCCACCCAAGAGCCUCAAACUUGAGCAAACUUCCUUCGAACACCGGCAAGACGAGGCCCCAGGACGACCCCAGGACGACCCCAGAGGAGCCCACACCCCGCCUGCCCAAACCACGACCCCCAGCACCCCCCACCACCGCCACCACCACCAGCCCCACCCAAGUCCGUCCGUCAGACCGUCGUCCCUUCCCUGCCGAGCUCCCACCCCUGGUCCCAGCCUCCCUGCCCCAGCCGUGCCCUCGCCACCAUGGCCACUAA